AAGCAGGUUAGGAUGAGGUGGCUGGUGACGGGCGCUCGAGAGCCUUUUAACGGAUCUGUAACGGACCGAAGGGUAACAGAGAGAAUGGAGCAGAGCGAGGGAAGUCUGUCAUUUUAAACAAUAAUUCCUUGUUCGGCAACCAUCCCGAGGAUCACCUCUCCCAUAAAGACAGUUUCAGCAGAGUUGCUAACUCCGCACCAGGUUAAAUCUGAUCUUCCUGGACCUGAGGGAGGGUUGUGAAACAGCAUCAGGAUCACCACUGCUCGACACAAGGCUCUUCUAAGAGAGGCAAGCUUCUUUCAGCUAUGACUAGGUAUGAUCCGUCGCUACAGUGAGAACAGGAUUAGCAGCAGGUAACUCUGUAUCCUCACAAGAAAAUAUGCCAUUAGUAAAGAGGAACAUUGAACCCAGGCAUCUUUGUCAUGGUGCUUUACCUGACGGAAUUAGCAAUGAACUGGAAUGUGUCACAAACAAUACUCUAGCAGCCAUCAUUCGUCAACUCAGUAGUCUCAGCAAACAUGCAGAGGAUAUAUUUGGUGAGCUGUUUAAUGAAGCUAACAACUUCCAUAUCCGAGCAAACUCUCUCCAAGAUAGAAUUGAUCGUUUGGCUGUCAAAGUUACUCAACUGGACUCCACUGUGGAAGAAGUUUCUUUGCAGGAUAUUAACUUGAGGAAAGCUUUCAAGAGUUCUACAAUACAAGAUCAACAGGUUGUUUCAAAGAGUUCAACUCCAAACCCAGUGUUGGAAAUGUAUACGCUGAGUGAUAAACCACCUCCAUUAGACAUCCUUUCAGCAUACAGAGAUGAUAAAAAGGAUGGACUUAAGUUUUACACAGAUCCAUCUUACUUUUUUGACUUGUGGAAAGAGAAGAUGUUGCAGGAUACUGAGGAUAAGAGAAAAGAGAAAAGAAGACAAAAGGAGCAGAAGCGUAUAGAUGGCACAACUCGUGAAGUGAAAAAAGUUAGAAAGGCCAAGAACAGGCGCCAAGAAUGGAAUAUGAUGGCAUAUGACAAAGAACUUAGACCUGACAACAGGUUAUCUCAAAAUCUGUACCAUGGAGCAUCUUCAGAGGGAUCAGUGUCCCCAGACAAUAGAUCUCAUGGAUCAGAUCUUACAGAUUACUCAUAUCCUGUUACCCCCAAUCAUGUUCAUCCUUCACUGCAGCAGCAGCAGAUGUCAGUAACAUAUGUGUCUAGUGAUAAUCAGCAGCAAAUGGGUACUGGUAAUCAGGUCCAGGAACAUGACUACAAAUCCUCUGCAACAGGAUUCAGACAUGGUACUCUAAACAGGCCUCAACAACCUCCACCACCUCCGCCAUCAACUACUGUAAAUGGUGGUGCCCCACCUCCACCGCCACCACCACCACAACAGCAACAACCACCAUUGGAAUACAGCAUGCAACCUUCUCAGAUGAUGGAAUUCUAUACUUCUGGUCCUCCUCUGCCUUCUGCUGGUGCAGUAAUUCCUUCAGCGCAAACUGCUUUUGUCAGUCCUGUCCAAGUGCCUACUUCUCCAGCUUCCCAUCCUGCAUCAAUGAUGGGGGUUGCAUAUACCUCUUCCCCAACUCUAUCUGGAGCAAUUCCUCCAUCUGGUUCCCCUGGACCACCACCUCCACCUCCACCUCCAGCUCCACCAGCACCACCUUCUUCCCUUGCUUCUUCACCAAUGCACUGUCAGCUUGUCGUUGAAAACAAACGGCAUGAAUCAGCAGGCACACCUCUCAAUGAUGCCAGAAGUGACCUCCUUGCUGCUAUUCGUAUGGGUAUUCAACUGAAAAAGGUUCAAGAGCAACGUGAGCAAGAAGCUAAGCGAGAGCCAGUUGGGAAUGAUGUAGCAACUAUUCUAUCAAGACGUAUUGCUGUGGAAUAUAGUGAUUCUGAUGAUGAUUCAGAGCUUGAUGAAAAUGAUUGGUCAGAUUAACUUUGCUUCAGUGAUGCUAACAUUUGAAAAUGAAGUCAAAAACUAAUAUGGAAUAUAUCUGAAACAGUUCCUUUACAAUGAUUUUAAAUUGAUUUUAGAUGAAAAAUCUGAAGCUGUUAGAAAAGUUAAAAUGAUAUUUAAGAAAGUUAAGCAUAUUGAAUUAUAUAAAUACACUUUCCAGGAAUAUUACUGCUUAUUCAUUUAAGCGUUGUGGAAAUAUAACUUUUCAUUUACAAAGAAUGUGCAAUGUAAAAGAUUAAGUUGUUGAUAUCUAGUGCAAAUUAAUAUGCCAUUUCAUUUUUGGAAUCACUGUUAUUGGAAGUACAUUAUUAACCUAUUAAGUAUUUUGACUCAGUGCUCAUGAAAGUGAAAGUGUCUUUCCUUUUGGCUAACUGGUUGUCUUGAACUGUGAACAAUCUCAUCAAAAUGCUUAAAUAUCCUCCAAACUAAACCCUUAGGAAACGAUCAUUUAUAAAGUUUUUGUUUUCAUGACAUGAAAUGGACAGUAUCUGUAGGAAUACACCUUGCUUAUCUAAACUCAGAGAACUUUAGUAAAGGUAGGAUAAAAUUGUCAUUAUCUUUACCUGACCACAGGCAUUGAUUGAAAGAUGAUUGGUGCUGGUUUAACCUGAGGGCCAUCACGCAUCAGGCAAGGGGAGAAAUUGAAAAUCCUUCAAGGUAACCUCAGCCAGUGAAGGAAUUGAACCCACACUGUUGGCAUCAGUGAUCCUACUUCACACCUUCCCAGCUACCCAACAUAAAUAUUUACCAGUGCUUAGGAUAGUCUCAGCACGGUAGGCUAUCAUGUUUUAUGAAAAUUGUGGUUUUGUGGGCUUAUUUGGUGCUAACUGAGAAUCACAGAUGCUAAUGUUGAGUCUAUCCCACUGAUCCAAUCAAUGAAAUAGCCUUGCUUGUGAAUUAUCACCUGGGCCUUGGAAUUCAAUGGAUGUGCUGGUUCAGUUAUUGGGAACAGUGAUACUUUAUGAAAUUUCAUUUCUCAUCCACAGUGAUAUCAUCUCAGACUCAGAAACCCAACUUGUUACUUUUUGCCCAAGAAGGCUAUUCAUUAACUGAACAGGAAAUAAUAGUUCAUUAAAUCCUGGUAAUCGUCAUCCACGUUAUGUAAACUUAGAAAAUGAAAACUGCAAAAUAGCUAAAUAUGAAAUUAAGCCACAGUUAAGACAUACAGCUUAAUUAGUUUUUGAAUACACCAGUUUUAUUUUGAGAUGAAAAUUGAAGUAUUAUCCAUAUAAAUUCAUAAGUUGAAAUAAAUUGUAACUGAAAACUGCAUAGAAGUGUUAGAUUGUUCUGAGAAUGUUUAGUAUUUCUAUGAAGUAGUCAGCAGAUAUAUUGCAGACAGCUCAAUUUAUUUUCUAUCCUGUACACGUUACCAUAGAUAUAUUUGUAACUAGUUCAAGUAAUCACAUGUAUUUGGUAUUAUUUGUUUUAAUAUUUUUGUAGUAAUACUCAAAAUUAUGUAAAAGAAUACCUUUAUGCAACAUAGCUUAUGCUUGAUUUGUUUCGUACUGGAUUUUCCCUUAAUGCAGUUUUUCUAUUCUUUACUGUAUACGAAUGUGUAAAUUAUAACACUGGAAAUUAUAAAAGUGAAUUCAAAUAAACAAAACACAACC